AUGGCCGUCGCCAAAACAACUCUUAUCGAAGCAUGCAGACCCAGUACUUUCGCAGUGCGCGUCCUCGCAAUGAGUGUCAGAACAUACGGUGGAGGAGAUCUCGCAGUCGACGAAGCCAUCGCAAACAGAGGAGCAGUUGAAGGAGCAAGCGUCAUUUGUGCAGCAUGCUUCGUCCACAAUGCAAUUCGUGUCGCCGUUGUGUUCAGCUUCAUCACAAUGCCACUGAUCUGGUGGCAGCAGUGGCAUCUUCGUAGAGGAAUCGUCGAAAGCAUCCCAAUGACAGCCCAGGCAGAAACUGUCUAG